GCCAAGCCACAGAGAUCCAAGCAGCAGCCUGAGAGUGCGCCAGACUGGGGCCAGCUUCUCACAACGCAGGCCGGAUUCUCAACAGGCACCACGCUACCGUCAGGAAGGCCGCAAAGAGAGCCAAGGGGCGUUCUCUGAAGGGCAACGAGGGUUGUCUCAACUCGCCCUCCUCUGAUCGAGGAAAUAAUCGAGACAUGCCGGCAACUGCUCCCUGUAGCGCGAGCCAUGGCCCAGGAUGACGACGCACGGGGGGCGCCGCGACAGGGAGCUGCUUUGCGCUUGGUCCGCGGCGGCGCGCAGCGGCUCGCCUCGGGCCAGGCGAUAUCCUACAAGCGGUCCAUGGUGUGCUCCUGGAUGAGCGCGGAGACCGCCUUGGCGGCCUCGAUGUGGACCCAGUGCCCCGACUCGACCGAGUGGAGAGACACCUGGCCUCCCCCCUGGUCGGCGGAGCUUGCGGCGGCGGCCUCGAUGGCCGCGAUGCCCGGGGUGCCGCCGGGGGGGGGGGCCGCCAGCACGGAUUGUUGGCAAUAAAAGGACUCCUAACUGUUUAGGGACGGACCUAAGUUAGAAGGGCCCACAAAAAGCCUACGACAGUUGGUCUUGUCUGCCGAUGUACCACACGAAACCUCCCAGAUAUGUUACCCCUACUGCAGAGACGGGGACCUAAGGGAAGCCACGGCUUCACUCUGCUACUAGAGCUCCCCCAGGCCUCAAGCCUCGAUGAACCGAGGUGACCCCAAGCCUUCCGCACAGAUCCCCCACGUCGUGAUUCUUUCGCAACCUCGACCCCCAAAGGUCUGGACCCCUUCCCUGGGACCGGUUCUUCGUCCCGGGUCGUUUCUUGACGGCCCCGAGGCCCGGUAAGGGCCCCCGGAGGCCGCAAUGCGGCCGCGACUUCUUGUUCGCAGCGCGAGGGCGGCGGGGCGCAGAGCUUCCGCCGAGCCUCCGCCGAGCCUCCGCUGGCGGGCCAGCCGCCGCUCUGCCUGCGCCGGCCUCCGCCGCAGCGGUGGGCGGGGACGCGCCCCCCUGCGAGUCCCCGUCCCUGGAGCGCCCCGCGUGGCCUCGGGCCGGCCGCUUCGGCGGCGGCUCCGUCGAGGAAGGGCCGUCCACUGCGCGAUCCCUCGGAGGCGAAGCCCUCUCCAGGGGCGCCCGACUUCGCGGCCUCGCGCGAAGCGCGCAUGACUUCGCGCUCUCGCGCCGCCCCCCCGGGGAGAAGAGGAGGAUGAGGACUCCUCCUCCUCCUCCUCC